AAAAUUAUAUUCAUAUACCCUUAUGAAAAAAGCAUAAUACUUCAUUAUUUGAUGCUCAUUGCUCAUCUCAUACACAAAAUCAGAUUCAUAAGCAAAGGCGACGACGAUGAAGAAUGACUAAAUAAGUUGAAGGAGUCGUCUCCAUGAUAAACCGUAACCAAACCCUGCGACAUUCUAUUGUAUGUGUAUCUUUUUUUUCUUUUUUUUUGGUCAUAAUUGUAUGUUUUUUUUGUUUCUUGGCAUUGUCACUGAAAAUUAUACCUUUUCAUUUUUGCCUUCUAAAUAACCCAAUUGUGUUACUUUACAGAAAAGCCCAUCCAACGAUUAUUUUUCUUCAGCCCAUUAGCCCAUUAACUUCAGGAUAAAGAUAAGAGCUACGUUCAACUCUAUGGUCAGAAAAAUCAGAGAAAGAAAGAAAACAGAGCAAUUACUUGAAGAAUCCAUAGGAAGCUGAAGAUGAGAAGAAUUCCUCGUAUCAAAUUUCCUCAGAGACAUUCUAUCUCAUCUGGUUCUGGACCGGCGCCGGGAUCUGUUUCCGGCGUUAAGAAAAAUGUGACGGCGAGUUCUGAUGUUCCGGCAGCUCCGAAGAACACUGCUGAUGGAGGGAAAGCAUCUCUCCAGCCGAAACGUACACCUGUCUCCGACAAAGAAAUCGAAUCUAUUAUGUUGGGUGGUUGCAUAUGACAUUUGGGGAGUUACGAAGAUUUGAUCGAACACAUUGGUGUUCUUGUCUUGUUCGGCUGGUGAUGUUUAUUUUGCUGUUUUUAAAUGUAAAGAAGUAACUAAUAAUGUAGAGAAUAUGAUUUUAUAAGAAUGAUACUCUUUCUCGUUAUUAUUAUUUAAGAUAAAAGGCCUCUUUCGAGUUUCUGCAUUAUUGUCUUCACAAUUUUUUAUUAAGCCACUAGGUAACAGAUGAGAGCCAAUGGAUAUACAAAAUGAUUCAUGAAGACCUCUUAUUCUCAUGUCUCUUUCCAACUAAACAUAAUGGCAAAAGGUUGUGUCACUGAUGAUGUAAUUUGCAGUUGCAACUGCAUCAGUAAUGAUGCAAUCUUACUUGUGAUAUUGAG